AUGUCAAUCUUACAUAUAUUCCUCACACGAGUCUCCUUAUCAAUGGAUCCAAUGAAAAUCCCAGCUAAACAUCAUCCAAAAUCUAAUCAGAAUCAUAAAUUGCAAGCCCAAAAAAACUCCAUCACCCCAUCAAACGUACCAAUUCAAAUUCAUAUUGUCUCAUCCCCUACCAAUAUCAAUGAAACAGAUGAUUUUCCUCCUUCUGUUAAUCAAAAAGAAUUAUUUUCGUUUUCACAUUUAGUUGAAGGUGAUAAAAACCAAUAUAGAUUAACAGGAUUAAUUAAGACUGGAGGAUUAGCUGGUAAGGUUGGAGAACAAAUUAAGCAUAAGAAAGAAGGGGAUGAAGGGGCUCUUGAGGAUGAAGGGAAACAAGUUCAAUAUGCUAGGUUGAGGAUCGGAUUACCUUCGUCUUCUAUCUUUGCUCAAUUCUUUGGUGGAUCACUUGACGCUCUCAUGAAACUUUCACCCAGAUUAAGCAUUGAAAACUUAAGGAAAUCAAGUACAAUCAAUAAAGCGAAUGGAAGAUUUUAUACAAAUAACCAUAUCUUUCAAUCUAAUGAAAUCGAAAGUGGUUUAGAACAUCAAAAGAGAUUAGUGAGAGGUGCCAAUUUUAUGAGAUUGUAUCCUCCUAUCACUGAUCAGCAAGAUAAUCAACGUUGGUGCGAGUUUCUUGAAGAUUUACUUAAUCAACAUCGGAUUGGGAUCCCUCAGCUCGCUAUUGGGAUUGCAGAAUCUUCAAAUUGUUUAACUUCUCAUCAAAUCAAUCCUUUCAUGACCCGAAUGUUACAAUCACGUAUUUCAAGACGAGUAUUUGUUAAACAUUCAACAACAUUAAUGAAACCUAGAAAAGAUCGUUAUAAUCAAAUGGUUGAAUAA